GUGGCAUCGAGUCCAGAUAAGCUUGAUCUGUGGAUCGAACCAAUGCAAUCCCGGAUGCUACAAUAGUUAUCAUUUCCGGUGCUUUUAUUUGAAACCCAACUGCAGUAUUAUUUGGAGCUUCGAAUUAGACCUGAUCCUUUUAAGGCGCUGUAUCGUUGACCGGGAGGAGCUAGCCGGUGACAACCCUAACCCCAUUAUCGCUUUCAACGACACGUAGAGCGAGUGUGACACCCGGUUGGCUCGCAACAUUCCGGGGUUGCAUCAGCGGUCUCAAUCGAGUCGCAUCUUCCAUCCAUUCUGAUCAACAUCAAUACCUACCCUCCAGCGGCAAGGAAUACCGGCCUGUGCUUCUGAGUGCGCUUAUGCGAUAACAUCGCCCAUUCUUUCGCGAUUCACCUCGAUUAAAAGGCCGAGGGCAGGCUUGCGGCUGCCAUGCCCACGAUAUCGCAGCAAACAUGACCUCGAGAACGUCCUCUUACUCGUCCCAAGUGCCUCGCCAACCUUCGCGCCGUCCUACCCUAAACGCCACAUUAUCGACGUCUUUGUCAAGCGCAGAUCAAGUCGAAGAUGCAGAUGUACAAGGCGCUGCUGUUGAGAGCCAAAUUGAGCAGGAGAUCGCCGAGAUCAAGAGAUAUGAGGACUUCACAACAAUAGAUUGGGUCCAGGAUGCCGCUCAGGAGCGGUUACGGCGAAAGGCACGACGGAAGCGUCGGCAAUCCAGUGUCUAUGACAACAGCUACGUGGGUUGGAGGAGUUGGGCGGCUGAAUCGUAUGAGGCUGCCCAGGGCUGGAUUGUUGUGACAAUUAUUGGCAUUGCUAUUGGGUUGAAUGCCGCUUUCCUCAACAUCGUCUCCGAAUGGCUGUCCGACAUAAAGCUGGGUCAUUGCAAGACUGCAUUCUACUUGAAUGAGAACUUUUGCUGUUGGGGAGAGGACAACGGAUGCAAUGAUUGGCAACCGUGGACAAACUUCGGUCCCAUCAACUACAUCAUUUAUAUUAUAUUUGCGACCAUUUUUGCUUGCACAGCAGCGACGCUGGUCAAAUCCUACGCGCCGUAUGCCGCCGGUUCUGGAAUCUCAGAAAUCAAAUGCAUCAUUGCUGGCUUUGUCAUGAAGGGAUUCCUAGGCUCAUGGACACUUCUGAUCAAGUCUGUCGGCUUGCCCCUGACUAUCGGGUCUGGGCUUUCGGUCGGUAAGGAAGGACCCAGCGUGCACUAUGCUGUGUGUACAGGCAACGUUAUAUCGCGGCUUUUCGCCAAAUAUAGGAGCAACGCAUCCAAGACGCGGGAGAUCCUCAGCGCUUGUGCAGCAGCCGGAGUGGCUGUUGCUUUUGGAAGUCCUAUCGGCGGGGUGCUCUUCUCCCUAGAGGAGAUGUCGAGCUAUUUCCCUUUGAAGACGUUGUGGCGCAGCUAUUUCUGUGCCCUCGUAGCCACUUCAGUGUUGGCUGCCAUGAACCCGUUCCGCACUGGGCAGUUGGUCAUGUUCCAGGUCCAUUACGAUCGUACAUGGCACUUCUUUGAGAUUGCCUUCUUUGCCAUCCUUGGUAUCUUUGGUGGCUUGUAUGGCGCCUUUGUCAUCAAGUGGAACCUCAAGGUGGCUGCGUUUCGCAAGAAGUAUCUCAAGGAGUAUCCAAUCGUCGAGGCAUCCUUGUUGGCGUUCAUCACGGCCAUACUGUGUUUCCCAAAUGUCUUUCUUCGGAUAGAGAUGACGGAGAGCAUGGAAAUCUUGUUUCUCGAGUGUGAAGGCGGCGAGGACUACCAUGGCCUUUGCGAGGCAAAGAACAGAGCUUGGAAUAUUAUGUCACUGUUGAUCGCCUUGAUAUUACGCACCGGUCUGGUCAUCAUUUCAUAUGGCUGCAAGGUGCCCGCUGGUAUCUUCGUGCCAUCCAUGGCCAUUGGUGCGUUGUUUGGCCGCACCAUUGGUAUCGUGGUGCAGGCACUUCAGGAAUCCUUUCCGAGCAGUUCGUUCUUCUCGAGCUGUGCACCCGACGUACCAUGCAUCACCCCGGGAACAUACGCAUUUCUCGGCGCCGCCGCUGCGCUCAGUGGUAUCAUGCACAUAACUGUUUCGGUCGUGGUAAUCAUGUUUGAGCUAACGGGAGCUCUGGAUUACAUAUUGCCUACAAUGAUUGUUGUGGGGAUCACCAAGAUGGUGAGCGACCGACUUGGCCAUGGAGGCAUUGCCGACCGUAUGAUCUGGUUCAACGGCUUCCCUUACUUGGACAACAAGGAGGAGCACAACCUUGGCCUGCCUGUAUCGGCUGCCAUGACCUCUGACCUGGAUACCAUACCCAUCGCGGGCAUGACCAUGGAGUCGGUCGAGCGAUUACUAGCCAAGGAUAACUAUCAGGGCUUCCCAAUUGUUGAGGAGAACAACAACGCAGCGGAGAGCAGUAACAACGCUCGCCGCGGUCGCAACCUAGUGGGAUUCAUUGGGAGGACGGAGUUGCGUUACGCCGUCGACCGAGCGCGGCGCGAGCGACAAAUAAGCCCUUCUGCAAAAUGCAACUUUAUGCCAACCGACGUCAACGCAGUGACGCCAAUUACGCCUGCAGGGAAUUCUAGGAGGGCCAGUUUUCUGGGUGACGCCUAUACUGUCGACUUUAGCAGAUUCGUGGACUCAACACCAGUCACGGUGCAUCCACGCUUGCCUCUCGAGACGGUCAUGGAGUUGUUCCGCAAGAUCGGACCACGGGUGAUUCUGAUUGAGCACCGCGGCAGACUCCUCGGCCUUGUGACCGUCAAGGACUGUCUCAAGUAUCAGUUCAAGGCUGAGGCGGCAGAGAAUGGGUCGUCAUCUCGUGCCGAUGAUGAUGAUGAAGUCCAGGAGAAAAUCUGGGCCUUCCUACAGCGCGCUGCGUGGUGGUUGGGAGACAAGGUAUCGCUUGCUUCCGGAGGGCGCAUAAGCUUGAACGGUAGUUUUGAUGAAACAAGCCGGGUGAGCAGGACUGGCCACCGCGCUGGAAAUAGCGGAAAUUCCAGGGGCUCUACUGGCCAGAUUCUUGAGGGGACUGAGGAUGAGAUGGGAGACGAGGCGGGAGGUGUUGAGAUGGAAUAUAGGUAGAUGAUUGGACGAAACUUGCAUGCAUCUGCCUAAAAUACCAAAUCAAGCUUACAGGCCUCAGGCAACACACAUUUACAUGCACGGGCGCCAUGGCAGGUUCAGGCAUAAGCAGAUAUUAGUUUUUCGGACCGGUCAGGUCAUGAGGUUACAAUGAAUGCAGCGGUUGUUUUUCAUAACCUUCAAUUGUGUAGUAUGUGCUACAAGCUUCCGCUGGUAGGAAUUACUAACGGCUUCCGGUAUCAUGGCUCAAGUGAUGAUUUUGGAUAGUGCAAUGACAACAAGUAGAUCACAAAAGAAUUAACAAGAGACUGGUGGCUAGUUAUGAG